GUCAGCGAGUGAGCUAAUGUUAUAGUUUACAGGAUUAUGUCACAUUACUGCCCCACGAAGGAAAAAAGACUCCAGCUUUGCAAAACGGAUUAAAUGUGUUUAAAGCACCCGAGCUGUCGAUUAAUUCCGGCUGCAGGACGCGUUUGGCACUAAUGAGUGUAUGAUUACAGAGUUAUAAAAAGACACGGCUGCAGUGGAAAUAACGAGCGAGAGCCAGGCAGGAGAUGAGUCUGAGCUGAGAGGAGUUGAUGCAGAGUGAAAACAGGAUGUCUCUGCGGGAUCCACCGUACGCCCCUCCUUCAGUCUCAGACCUGCAGGACUUCCUCCUCACGGACAGACGACCUACAGGACACGUCAAUCAAGUCUGGCCAAACCUUUACAUAGGCAACGAGGCGGCAGCUCGUGACAAGGCCACUCUGCACAGUCUGGGCGUCACACACAUAGUGAACGCUGCUCACGGACCAACGAACCUGUAUGUCAACACGGGCCCACGCUUCUACAGAGACAUGACUGUGGAUUAUUAUGGGGUGGAGGCGGACGACGCGAUAGAUUUUAUCCUUAGUCCUUUUUUUUACCCGACGGCGCGAUACAUCAAAGCUGCACUUGCGAUGGGAGGACGGGUGUUCGUCCACUGUCUAAUGGGCGUGAGCCGCUCUGCAGCCUUGGUGCUGGCCUUCCUGAUGAUCGCUGAGGGCCUGAGGCUGCAGGAGGCUGUGGCUGCUGUCAGGCAGCACAGGGACAUCUGCCCCAACCCAGGCUUCCUGCAGCAGCUCCGCAGCCUGGACAUGAGCCUGGAGAGGGAGAGGAGGCGACGGCAGCAAGCCCAGACCCUAGGGCACUUAGCUGAAGAGAAGGGAACGCUGCCUCUGACAGAGCUGAGGGAAAUUCUCUGGACUAACAGGAAGCCAGUGGCACCUGUCAAUCAAGUGUGGCCGAAUCUGUACGUUGGAGAUGAGUCUGUGGCACGAGAUAAAAGCGCGCUCUCCUCCCUGGGUGUAACGCACGUACUGAACGCGGCAGCGGGUCGACAUCGCAUCAACACGAGUCAGCAGUUUUACAGCGAUCUGGGGGUGGAAUACUACGGCGUUGAAGCCGCGGACCAUACUGAGUUUGACCUUCGACCUUUCUUCAGACCGGCUGCGCAGUUCAUAGAGGGUGCGCUUGGGAAAAAUGGGAAGGUGUUUGUGCACUGUGCCAUGGGUGUCAGCCGCUCUGGGGCGCUGGUUCUGGCCUAUCUGAUGAUCUGCCAGGACCUGCCGUUGGCGGAGGCCAUCGCUGCCGUGCGUCUGAAUCGAGACGUCGGCCCAAACUCUGGAUUCCUGCAGCAACUCAGAGAACUGGAGCUCAGUAUCCGCUUCCAAAGCAGCCAAAUCAGAGAGGAGGGACCGCACGACAUGUCGUCCUGUGCAUUGAAGGCCAGGAGUAAAAACCCGUACACAUCGGUGCGGGUGGACCCAGACAGCGACUACAUCACCCCGGGAACAUUAGAGCUGGAGCAGCUGUUCUGGAACGGCACCGGGGCUCAGUAUACGCACGUGAAUGAGGUCUGGCCUGGCGUCUACAUCGGGGAUGAGAAAACGGCUCUGGAGCUGGAAGCCCUGAGGGACCUGGGUGUUACGCACGUCCUGAACGCAGCAGAGGGGAAGUGGAAUAAUGUGGUGACCGGUGCCGAUUAUUACAGCGACAUGGACAUCCAGUACUACGGCGUAGAAGCUGAUGACACACCCUCGUUCAACAUCUCACAGCACUUCUUUCCCGCAGCCGAGUUCAUCCACGAGGCCCUCAGCUUCCCGCAGAACAAGGUUCUGGUGCACUGCGUGAUGGGUCGGAGCAGGUCCGUGACUCUGGUCUUGGCGUACCUGAUGACGAGGCACACCUUGACUGUGGUAGAUGCCAUUGAGCAUGUGCGACAGCGCCGUUGUAUCCUGCCUAAUCAUGGCUUCCUGAAGCAGCUGAGGGCCCUGGACAUCACUUUACAGGAGGAGAGGCUGAGACGAAAACACGACAGAAUUACAACCAACAGGUCGUGAAAGAGAAAAAGAAACAAAUCCUUUACUUUCUUUUGAAUUUAUUUCAGGUAUGAGUCCCAACAACUUAUAAUUAAUUAAAAUAUUAAAUGUAAUCUGAGGGAGCUACACUGUUUUCUCCCUUUAUCUUACCUUCAAAUUAAAAGCCUAAAACUGUAGAUCAAAAAAUAAAAGCCUCACAAUCAACCCA